AGCUGCAUCUGCCACAUCGCCAUGAACCACAAGAGCUCGGCCGUCAAGCGCCUCAUGAAGGAGCUGCAGGACCUCAACGACGAUCCCUCUCCCGAGUACACCGCCUCGCCCCUGGAAGACAACAUUUUCGAGUGGCACUUUACGCUCCGUGGGCCAAACGAAGCAGGCUUCUCGGGAGGCCGCUAUCACGGGCGCUUGAUAUUCCCUCCAGAGUAUCCAUUCAAACCUCCAAACAUCUCCUUCCUGACCCCAAACGGGCGCUUUGAAGUCGGCAAAAAGAUCUGCCUGUCUAUCACGGGCCAUCACCCAGAGUUCUGGCUGCCGGCAUGGGGCAUCCGGCUGGCAUUGAUUGCCUUGAUAUCCUUCAUGCCCACCCAAGGCGAUGGCGCCAUUGGUGCUCUCGACCACACCGAGGAGGAGCGGGCAGUGUUGGCCAGGCAGAGCCGGCACUGGAAAUGCGAGAUCUGCGGGAGCCGAAACUCGGAUGCACUGCCGGAUGAGACCGAGCGACCGGUCGAACCCAUGGCCCCGAGCGGCGACAUUGUCUUUUCGAUCAAGGGCGAUUCGCCUUCGACUCCCACACAGAACCCACCGGCUCCCGCUGAGGCUGCAUCAGACCCUUCAGUUGGAUCCGACUCCACGGAACCAUCUGCAAGCGUAGCCCCUCUUGCUGCUACUGCCGGAAUGCCGGCUGAUUCGACCGGGUCGUCAAACCCGUCGACAGCAUCGCCUCAGCCGAACCAAGUCGACUCUGGUCCUCGCCACCGGCAUAUUCCGGCGCAAACUGACCGCAACCCAGCUGUCCCACCGACCGGAACCUCGCCAUCGCCGGCUGCGUUGGCCCAACACCGACAGCAGAUUCGCGAGACUCUGGCUCUGCGCCGACAAGUGGAAACGGUGCUGGCAGCGGUACUCUUUGUCGUGGGCUUGCUGAUUCUCAAAAAAGUCAUGUUUUGAUCGUCAAAUACAAGCCAUUGACGAACUUUCUGCACCAAAACGGAAUCAUCCACAUUGCGCCGCUGAAUCGCCAUCCUCGACUGCAAUCGCGGGUGCGG